CUUGGGAAUAUUCACCCAAACAUCCGUCGUAAUAAUCUGUUAUCGAUGGAAUAAGAUAACUCUACUGAAAUCUCUGAAUACCAUUUACACCGGUGUACUCAGGAAAAUACGACUGUGGGGCCACAUAUCAUGUGCAGCGACAUCAUGGUGCUCCUUCGUACGGGGAACUCAUCAGAAGACCUCGACUGGGAGACGUUGGCAUCAAUAAUGGAACACAUACACCUCCUCGAAUCCGAGAUCGUUGCCCGCAAUGAACGGCUCCAGCCGCAGGCUAUGCUGCAUGAUGUUCCUCCCCAGCACGAACGAGACCUUGCCAUGCAGGAUCUCGAAAACCAUAAAUCCAUAUUCGCGCCCAUACGACGUCUUCCGAAUGAUGUUUUGCUACGUAUAUUUCAGAUGUCCACUGGUGUCGGGGUCAAACCUGACGUGAAAACUAUCCCCUGGGUUCUCGGUUACGUCUGUCAUCACUGGAGAGCCCUCUCCCGCUCUUCACACUCCUUAUGGACUGACAUUUGUCUCGCGAGCCUGCGCUACUCCAACCUCUCAUCCGGUCAACGUAGUCUGCGCAACCGUCUCCUCUCUCUAUCUGGAGAUUCACCACUCAAGAUCACUAUAAACAUGAUCAAUCCUUUUAAGGCUGAUAUACCCCAUCGCCCAGUUUUCCCAAGUGAUGAUAGAGACAGGAUUUUGGAAGACAUCACUCGCCAUUCUCAUCGAUACUCUCGUAUAACCCUCAUCAUAGGAGGGCCAGUAUCAACCGCUCAGAACUUCUCUUGUCGGUUACCCCUGCUACGCAGCCUCUUUUUGGCGGUGUUUGAUAUUAACAACCCUCGCAUCUGUCGUCUGUUUUCAUCGGCUCCCCUUCUCCAGGAUGUCAACUUCGUUGGGCCUAUUGUCAUGUGGCGGGAGUUUGCUCGAGUGGUGUCCCUUUCCCAGCUCGUCAGGCUAACAGUGCAUGAUGACAUCAUGCCAGAUUUCUACGCUUGUGUGAAGGAGACUACCGCAUUGGAGGACCUGUAUUUUCGCAUCUCACAUCUGGAAGAUCAAGUCGUCCAACCAUCUACACCCGGGUCCAAUGCACAGCUCCUUCCCACCUUCGUCCAUAAUAAUAUCCAGAAGCUGGUGUUGGAUGGCAAACUUCUUUGUAUUCUGGACCGGUUCUCCAUUCCAAACUUGAAAGAAUUACUCAUUUGCAGCAAGCUCGGCGAGGAUCAUCUAGUUAGACCAGAAGUAGAAUCCCCUGAUCUCGGAGUCGGAGUCGGGCACCUCCUUCGUUUUCUGAAGGGCUCAGAAUGCAAUCUACAGGCAUUCCACUGCUUCAUACCGAUACCGCUUUCGGCGCUCAGAAGCUUAUGGAAACAGUGGUUGUCGUCAUUGACAAGACUCACCAUCACCAUUACUUUACCGACUCAAGGAGAUGUUGUUCGAGAGCUGACGUUCCAGGAGGGCGAACCUGGCGUCCUUCCAAACCUCCAGCUUUUGAGGCUGCGUACGCCUGACGGUGUGUCUAUCUUCGAGGAUGACAGCCUUCUCAAAAUGGUAUUGUCACGGCUUGCUCGAUGUCCCGGAAGUUUUACGACACAAGAUAAUGACUGAGAUACUCGACGGGGAGGUCCUUAGUCAGGAUGUUAUCACUCAAAUGCAGCGUCUGCGUGAGAUGAGGGCGGUGGGCGUCUGUGUUGAACUCUUCGCGGAUGAAUAUUUGGACUAUUUCGAAACUGAUGAACGCUUCGC